CGUGCUGUACGGAGGUCUGCGACAAGAACCAGUUGAAUCAGAUCGUUACCAGUACACCAGAUCAAAAUAUCUUCUGGGUCACAAACAUCUAUGGGACCUAUUUGAGAUCCACGAUGCAAAACUUCAAAACACAGAUUUACGUGGGGUUGCUGUUACUUACACUGGCCGUAGCUGUCGUCGAUGGAUAUUCUCCUUUUAUGCAGGUUCGUCAUGGCACAGUCGUUCGAGCCAUUAGUGAUGGGAAUACAACAGCGGAGCCGGUUUUGGCCAAUCCCUAUAUUGCUCCACUGGUAGCUCUGAGACCUAAAAGUGGCAAGGACGAAUUCACAACAAGUCAAGGAAAUGAUGUGUUCGAGGUCGUCUAUCAGUGGAGAAUCAUUGACUUUCAAUAUCCAAGCCUGCCGGCUAGGAACAAUGCUAUUCGAACUAAAGAAUUCAUCCCCGAAAAUAACCUUCCCCUAGGGGUCGAUCGUUACCGGAACCGCAUCUUCAUCACAACCCCCCGUUGGAAUCCCGGUGUACCAGCCACUCUUUCCUAUCUACCACUACCUGUGCAAGACCCCAGCAUCCCACUGAUCCCCUACCCUGAUUGGAGUUUCCACACCAGCCCGAGGAAUCCGGAUUGCAGCAAGUUAGUGUCCGUGUACCGAAUCUUCGUUGACGAGUGCGAUCGCCUCUGGGUACUGGACGCCGGAGUUAUCGAUACGCUUACCAAUCUGCAGCAAAUAUGUCCACCGAAGCUGCUCGCCUUUAAUCUGCAAACCGAUGAGCUACUGUUCACCUACGUUCUACCCCCGGAUCAGGUUAAACAGGACUCGUUGCAUACUAACGUUGUUGUUGAUGUUCGAGAUGAUCAAUGCGAUGACGCUUUCGCGUACGUGGCUGACGUCUGGCGAUAUGGCAUCACGGUUUUCAGUCUACGUGAGUUCAGGAGCUGGAGAACCACAAACUAUCUGUACAAUCCGAGUCCUUUCGCUAGUGAUUACAACUAUCUGGAUUUGAACUUCCAGUGGUCCGAUGGAGUGUUCGGAAUGACAUUGUCCCCGGUACAUCGCGAUGGCGAUCGUAUGUUGUUCUAUCACCCGAUGUCAAGUUAUACAGAAUUUCAAGUCCCAGCUUCGGUGCUUCAGAACGAAACUAUCUGGCAGAACUUUGGACUGGCUAAGGCUUUCCAGCCGAUUGGUAGUCGAGGCAAGGGUGGGCAAUCUUCGACCUCCGGGCUAGCCCGGAACAAUGUCCAGUUCUUUACUUUGGUUCAGCAGAGUGGAGUUGGUUGUUGGGAUAUUGCUAAGCCGUACAAUCGCAACAAUCUCGGUGUGGUGGAGAAGAGUCUGGACAAGCUGACUUUCCCUAAUGAUUUGAAGGUGGACCGUGAACCGAAACAGUUCGUGUGGGUGAUUAGCAAUAAGCUGCCGGUUUUCUUGUACUCGAAGUUGAACUAUACGCAGAUUAAUUUCCGGGUGUUGAGUGCGGAUGUUCAGUCGGCCGUGCUGAACACGGUUUGUGAUCCGAGAACUGCGCCGAAUCUGGCCUAUAAGCAGGAUUCGGAGUGUGACCAGUAGAUUUAAAUUGUUGGACGUGUGAUGUUGAAUCGUCGAUUUUAAAUGUGUACGUGUGUAAAGACAAUAUUAUUGAUAAGGUAUUUUUGAACGUGAUCGCUUAAAAGCUACUUUGAUUAGAUUAAUAAAUUGUAUGUUCGGUAAUAAAAAUAUUUCUAUGACUUCUAAA